GUUUUACGCUGCCUGUCAUUUUGAUCCAAUGUCUCAAAAGUUCGACUUUCUAUGGUUCGACUCUUACGAGACCUCUGAAGCACGUCUGCCCUGGUGCGUCUAAGGCUAGUCGUGGUCCGCCGUCCGCGUCUGGCAGUGGCAGUAAGUGAGUGGUAGUACGUACUGUUCGUCCUACGUAAAUCAUCCAGCAGCUCAUCAUGAACGAAGAUCCAAUCUGAAUCUGAGUGGGGGCUCUAUGCCUACACUGCAUCAAUGUGAACUACUUCUUCAGCUCACUAAUAGUGUGCUGGCUGUGGAAGCCACAGUGAGAGUGGUACAGUCAUUAGCAUGUACUGCCACUGUUGGUAGCUGCCAGAGGAAGAUACGAGUAUCAAGGUUGAAAGCAUCAUCCAAAACCCUCUCCACAAUGUCUGUUUGUGGUAGUGACACUGGAAGCAGGAAGGAAAAAGUUAAAAGUUUAAGAACACAAGAAAUAUCAAGGAGAGAAGCAGAGCAAAUGAACACUAAAUUUGAAAUUAAGCCCACAAAAGCUUGCAAGAACCAAACAGUCAAAGAAAGACAUGCAACCUCAGAAUGAGUGAGGUUCAAUUGUCCACAACAGAAAAGGUUUUGACAGAAGAGGCGCUACUAGGGGAAGUGUAACGACUACCAUCUGUUAUGGUAGCCAGAUUGAGAAGAAUGAAUGCAGGAGUAAGUAUUGGGAAUGAUGAUAAGAUAUGCAGAUGAUGUAGUGGUCAUGAGUGAAUGAAUCUACAGACAAGUAGCAAAAUUUGUUGUAUGUUGUGGAUGGGUAUGGAAAAGACUUCAGAAUUAGGUUUAGUAGUGAGAAAAGUAAGGUAAUUAUAGCAAAUAGGUCAUGGGAUGAAAGUAACACAGUAUGGAGAAUUGAAGAAAAUGAGUUGAAACAGGUGCAAGAAUAUAAGUCCUUGGGGAUGUGGGUGAGUCUGAAUGAGUUUUAAAAGGCAAAGAAUGAAAAAAGAUAAGAUUGGUGAACCAGUGGGUAGGAUAACAGGAAUGCAGCUUGAAUGAGAGCAAGUAAACAUGAUGUGUGAAAGAGUGUGGCCAUGCCCAGUAUAAUGUAUGGUAUGGAUAUGAAUGCAUGGAACAAAAGUGAAAUUGACAAGUUAAAAGUUGGGCAGAAUAGAGUAGCUAGAUGACAGGAAUGCAGCUUGAAUGAGAGCAAGUAAACAUGAUGUGUGAAAGAGUGUGGCCAUGCCCAGUAUAAUGUAUGGUAUGGAUAUGAAUGCAUGGAACAAAAGUGAAAUUGACAAGUUAAAAGUUGGGCGGAAUAGAGUAGCUAGAAUGGCACAGAGCGUACAAAGGUAACACAGUAGUAGAAGGUUUGAGAGGUGAAAUGGGAUGAAGCACCUUUAGGGAAAGACUAGUAAAUGCAACACUUAAGUAUAAGAUUGUUGGAGAGAAUGGACGAUGAAAGAACAAUGAGAAAUAUAUGUGGAGUGUAAGUGGAAGAGGUGCAUGAAAAUGACAGAGGAAUGGAUUACAAGUUGUAUGGUGGAUGAGAAUGGAUGGGAGGAAACAAAAUGAGACUGAAUGGAUCAUGCAUGACAAGAGGCAGUGGGAAACUGAAAAGGAUGUGAGGAAAUGGAAGAGUGAGAUAGACAGAAAGGUGAAGUGGGUGGGACUAAAUAAAUGGAAGAAUGAAACAAAAGAGUAGUGUCGAAUGGUACAAGAAAAGGAGGCUCCAAUGUAUGAGAGGUGAUAUGAUGGCAGCCUGGGGUAGUGAUCUCUUCCAAACUAGAACACAGUGUAUGGAUGUGAAUACAAGGAACUACACAUGGUAUGAGUCCUGCAGCAACAUGUGCCAAAUGUGUGACAUGGGAGAGGAUGAGUUAGUGGAGUAUGUUAGAAUGUGAGACGUGGUAUGAGAGAGGAGGGAGAUGAUGCAAGUUAAUUUGACUGAAUUAGGGCAUAAUAGGGCUGAAAGAGUAGAGAAGAUAGGAAGGGAAUGGAUGGGGGUUGCAGGUGGAACUGUGUAGAGAGAGAUGAGUGAAAGGAUGAUUGAGGCUGUGAUGAAGUUUCUGGAGAAAAUGUGGUAAUCUAGAUGUAGGGAUGAUCAGU